ACACACAGGACAGUGUGAACAGGACAGAGACACAGAGAGGUACAGCAUCGAAUACCAGUGUCUGAAAAAAAGGUUACAACUACUGCCUUGAUGAUGUGGAGCUCUAAACUCAGGUGGCUGCUAAUGAUCAACUUCCUGUUAUCUGACAUGGCUCUUGGCCAAACUCUGCCUCCUUCUCGCUCAAAAAACAGCCUUUCAGUCAUCUCUACUGACAGCAUGUCUUCAUACCAGUCACAUCAUUCAUCUAUAAACCAUGAGACAAUCCAGAAAGAAGAAGAAAAGCUCAAAGACAUAAUGAAGGAAUCCAGUAGUGACCCUGCACAUCGCCUCGUGUCUGCACUCACAGCAUCUCUACAGGGUCAUGUUCAUCUCCACAGAAAUCUGAGCUGUUCAGAGCUGGCAGCAGGGCCCUGGAGAGGAGCGGGAUUUUCACAUGAGCUGCUGGGCCUGGUCAUGGUGCCUGUACUCGUGUCUGCAGGAUGUGUAGUCGAAGGCCGGGCACUGGUAACGAACCUCUAUGAGCUGCUGGGACAGGAUGACACACAGGAACUUCUGGAGGAUAUAGUAGCAAUGAUCAGGCGGGAUAGAAAGCCCAAUUCUCACCCUUCCAAUUCCUCAUCCACUCCUCCUAAUCUGAGACAGCUGCAGGCCAUCAUGUUUAACAUCCAACAACUUGCAGAUGCAGAUGAUAAUCUUGCUGGGAUGUUUGGUAAAGACAGACCUGGACUGAGGAAACAAUGCCAGGGAUGGUUGAAGGUACAGGGUGUUCACUUAUUGGGACAGACGGCUGAUAAUUAUAGGUAUAUGCACUUAAACGAGGCAAAGCAGUUUUGUCAGAACCUUGGACUUGAAUGUGCAGGUGUGAAUAAAGUAGGUGACUCCAUACCUGGGUUGUACCGUGUAAUCCACAGAGCUGGAAGCCGGGUUGUACCCACAACUUCCUCUGGCCAAUCAGAGACCUGGAUCCAGAACUGCGGGGUGGCACUUGCACGCUCACGCAGACACACAGCUCGUCCGAAUGACUGUAAGAAUGAAAAGGAGGAGCGAGUGUAUAAAGUAGUGGAGUGGAUCCCUGCAGUCUCAACACUGUAUAACUUGGGCACAGCUGUUUAUUACGCUUCUGUAAAGUGCUCAGACACAGCAAAGGAAAGAGCCCUUUUCAGUGCUGUGGAUCUGGGCACUGAUGCUCUUAUCGCUGUUACUGGUGGAACAGCAGGAGUAGCUGGAUAUGCACUUGGGGCAGGACUCAAAACAGGUGUAAAGGCCGGCGUUAAAUACUUGCUGAAUAGAAUGAACCAGGGGGAAGACCUGCUCAUGAACCAAAACAUUGGGGAGGAGGAAACGUUUAUUGUUCAAUAAGACAGAUUAAAAAGUGUGCAAAAAAACAAGGGGUCUGAAUGCUCUAUGAAUCCACUGUAAGUGAUGGAUGAGAAAUAAAAAGACUGGUUAUCAAUCAA